AUCGGUAUCACCCCUCCCCCCCCCUUGCUGCUGCAGGCGGGGCAUAGUGUGAAUUCAGGAAUUUGAAACAAAGACUGUUACAAACUGCCCAGAGGGAGCCAUGGCUGCAGCGAACCCCGUGGAAAGUCUCCAGGAGGAAGCGAAAUGUCCCACCUGUCUGGAGUAUUUCACAGAACCUGUCACUCUGGAGUGUGGGCACAAUUUCUGCCGAGCCUGCAUCAGCCAGUGCUGGGAGGGAUCCGAUAAAGCUGCCUCGUGCCCUCAGUGCAGAGAAACUGUGCAACAGAGAAACCUCAGGCCCAACAGGCAGCUGGCAAACAUGGUAGAAAUCACCAAGCGGCUGAAUUUUCAGACAGCAAAGGGAGCAGGAGGGGACGGGGUGUGUGGGGAACACCAAGAGACUCUGAAACUGUUCUGUGAAGAGGAUCAAACCCCCAUCUGUGUGGUGUGCGACAGAUCCCGGGCUCAUCGCGCUCACACGGUGGUUCCCAUACAGGAGGCUGCCCAGGAGUACAAGGAAAGAAUCCAGGCCCAUUUGAAGACUCUGAAGGAAGAGAGAGAAAAGCUGCUGGGAUUGAAAACGACUGGAGAGAGGAAUAGCCAGGAGUAUCUGAAACAAACACAAACCGAGAGGCAGAAGAUUGUGUCUGAAUUUCAGCAACUGCGGCAGUUCCUGGAGGAACAAGAGCGACUCCUGCUGGCCCAGCUGGACAAGCUGGACGAGGAGAUUGUGAGGAUCCAGGAUGAAAAUGUCAGUCAACUCUCCGAGCAGAUUUCCCAUCUCAGUGAGCUGAUCAGUGAGAUGGAGGGGAAGUGUCAGAAGCCAGCAAGUGAAUUCCUGCAGGAUGUCAGAAGCACCUUGAGCAGGUGUGAGAAGGGGAAGUUCCAGCAGCCAGAGGAGAUUUCUCUUGAACUGGAAGAGCAAGUCAGUGGUUUCUCCUGGAAAAUGAUUGUGCUAUUGGAGACUCUGGGGAAGUUCAAAGACACUCUGCCAUCUGCACUAGAGACAAAAAGAGGAGGAUUCCUAGGAACAUUCAGACAGGCAAAUGUGACUCUGGAUCCAGACACGGCUCAUCCCAAACUCGUCCUGUCUGAGGGUCGGAAAAGCGUGAAAUGGGGAGACACACGGCAGUAUCUGCCCAACAACCCUGAGAGAUUUGACUCUGAGCCCUGUGCGCUGGGCUGUGAGGGAUUCACCUCAGGGAGACAUUGCUGGGAGGUGGAGGUGGGGGAUGGGGGAUGCUGGGCUGUGGGAGUAGCCAGAGAGUCUGUGGGGAGGAAGGGACUGAUCAGCCUCAGCCCUGAGGGGGGGAUCUGGGCUGUGCAGCAGUUGGGGGGUCAGUUCUGGGCUCUCACCUCCCCUGUGACCACCCUGCACCGGCGCCGGGCCCCCAGCAGGAUCCAGGUUUGUCUGAACUGUGACCAGGGGCAGGUGAUAUUUAUCGAUGCUGAUGACAAGGCCCCGAUCUUCACUUUCCCACCGGGCUCCGUCCCUGGGGAGAGAAUCCGACCCUGGCUCUGGGUGGGGAGACCCCAGCUCCGACUGUGUCCCUGA